AUGGCGCAGCUGUUGUUGCCAGAGCAGGAGGAAGCGCAGAAUCAGCUGCUGACGCCUCAGCAGCAGACGCAGCAACAGCCCCAGCACCAAGGGCGAAAUUACGAUUCAGGAGGACAGCAGCAGCAGCAGCAGCAGGAAGCCCUCCAGUUAAACAUACCCGCCAGCACACGGCCUCUCCCCUCCGCCAUCCAUGCCCGUCCCUCUUCCCCCCAACGCUCCCCCCCCGCCCAGCGCCCCUCGCCCUCCCUCGGCCGUGACAUAGGGGUGGGAGGGCUCAGGGGGCCUUCCGCCGAACCUCCCUCCGCUCCGCCCCCGUGCAAGCUGCCUCGGGGCCCACCGGACCUCUCCUCCCGUCUCGCCGCCGUGCUGCAAAACAUCAACCCGCCUCGCUCUGCGCCCUCCCCGUGGCAACCCGUUUCCCACUCGACCGAGCCGGGCCUUCCUUCCCCUGCCACGCCCGCAGCUCCCGCUGUCACUGCGUCUGCCACUGCAGCUCGGCCGUUCCCCAUGUCAGGAUCAUCCUCAGCAGUAGCUGCACCUGCAACAGCACCAGCAACAACAACAGCAGCAGCAGCAACAGCAGCAGCAGUAGCAGCAGCAGCAGUAGCGGUAGCAGUAGCUUCCGCAGUGUCGUGUAUAAAGGCGCCUGAGAGCAGGCUCGUGGUUGGAGGCAGUCGCGGAGGCGCGAGUGCAGUGGCCAACACUGCACUCGCGCCUCCUGGGCUCAUGGGCUCAACACUGCCCUCCUCUGCUGUUCACACCAGCAACGCUGCUGCUUAUGGAUAUAACCAGCGAGUGCAGUGGCCAGCAUCCUUUUCGAGCAACAAUGCACUCAGCAGAAUUCGCCUCAGUGCGGCACGCAUCAACCCACGGAGCCCUGCCCCUGGGAGUGCAGCAGAGCAUAGCGCAGCAAGCAGGGCGUCCGUCGCGACCCCCCACGUUGUUGCAUUCGGCCCCGAGAGGCCCCUGCGAGUGGAUGCGUCGGGCAUGCUGCCGCGGCCCAUGUGUGGCGCGAGGGAGGGCAUGCUGAAGCAACAGCUCAUGGCUCUCGCUGAAGCCAUGGCCGUUGAUGACUCGGUGCGUGGGGCUCGUGUCAAGUGCGGUGGCGACAGGUCAUGCGCCAAUUGCGGUGCACCUGUGGCAGGCAGCAAUAGCUUCACCCGCAGCGGCAGCAUGACCGGCAGCGAUGGGAGCACACACAGCUCAUCCCCUACCACUUCUGCUACCCUGCUGCGCCCCACGGCCCACGUCAAAUUCACAGCCGUUGAUUUCGGGAUCAUCAGAGUUGAGGAGCAUCCAACGGGCCUGGUGCAUCUGGGCGGGCAGUACCUGGAGCAGGUGGCAUCUAUGAUGGGCCUCUCCCUGUCAUUCCAUGGAAUUGAAACAACGCCACUCGACUUCCAUCCGUCGCAAGUGGAGGUGGAUGAAGGGGAGGAGGUCAUAGUGUUGGCUAAUUGGAGCCUCAUGGUCUUUCCAGACGACUCUGUCCUUCGCUCCAAUCCCCGCAAUGCCAUUCUCAAGUGGAUCCGCGACCUGCAGCCACUCCUUUUACUCCAGGUCGACAUUGAUUUGGAUGCCAACGGCCCCUUCUUCCUCUCGCGCUUCCACGCCGCAUUCGCCAACUUUGCAGCGUCCAUCGAGUCCAUUGAUGCUUCCAUGCCGCACUCUGCCACCUCACGCUUCGCCGCGGAAACCAUUCUGGCACGGGAUUUGAUGAACGGGGUCGCAUGCGAGGGCAUGAACAGAUGGCUGCGGUCGGAGCGGCUCGAGAAAUGGGUGCAUCGGAUGAGAGCAGUGGGGCUGGAACCCGUGCCUUUAGGGCCGGACACAGUGGCGGCUGGGAAGGCGAUCACAGAGGGGAAGGAUGGGCGGUUCCGGCUGGAAGUGCAUGCUGAGACGGGCGCCCUGCAGCUCAGCUGGCGCGGCGUGCCCUUGAUCUUCGUGGCCGCCUGGAGAUGA